GCAAUUUGCCAGUAGUUGCGAGAGCCAGGGAGAGAAAGGCAGGGAGGGAAGAGGGAAGACUUUAAUUGGCAAACGUAAAGAAAAGCCCCUUCCGUCCUGGAAAGAGAACGUUGUAAAACCGAUCUCAGGGUCAGAGGUGGCACUGCAGCAGGGUGAUCCAGGUGGAUGCCCCCACGCCCCUGCAUGACCAAGUGUCUCUCCAGAGAACCCCUGCCCACAGCAGAGCCUGCGAAGCACACCUGGCCAGAAGAGCCAGUGGGAGAGGGAGAGACCCUGCCUUUCCUUUUCUUCAACUGAGGCUGGGAGGAGAAGUGCUCAUCUCAGCAAGGGGAAAAGCUGCCACUGGUUUGGAGACUCUUCUUUAGUCCUCGUCGGUCGCCUGAUCUAGUCAUUGCUAUCCAUGGGGGGACGUCCUCUGGAGCCCUGCGGUCCCUCCCACUCCUGCUAAGUUCCCAGGAAAUACGGGUGAAGAAGUGAGCUCUGAGCAAGCGACGUGGGAUCCAGAGAACCACAGCCUUUUACAGCAGCAGCCGCCUCUGAUUAAAACUAUCAACUUCAUUGGACUUCACCAAGACCCAGGACUGCUCCUCCAAGGACAGAGAGGUCCAAGCAAUGAUGAAGACUAUGUCCACUGGAAACUGCAACCUAAAUGUGCCAGCCAAGAACUCAUACCGCAUGGUAGUGCUGGGAGCCUCCAGGGUGGGGAAAAGCUCCAUUGUCUCACGCUUUCUGAAUGGCCGGUUUGAGGACCAGUACACUCCCACCAUAGAGGAUUUUCACCGCAAGGUCUACAACAUCCGGGGAGAUAUGUACCAGCUGGACAUCCUGGACACCUCAGGGAAUCACCCUUUCCCUGCUAUGAGGAGGCUUUCCAUCCUGACAGGGGACGUUUUCAUCCUGGUAUUCAGCUUGGAUAACAGGGAAUCCUUUGAUGAGGUCAAGAGACUCCAGAAGCAGAUCCUGGAGGUGAAAUCCUGCCUAAAGAACAAGACUAAGGAAUCAGCUGACCUCCCCAUGGUGAUCUGUGGCAACAAAAAUGACCACAGUGAAAUCUACCGCAAAGUGCGUUCAGAUGAAGGCGAGAACCUUGUCUCCAGUGAUGAAAACUGUGCUUACUUUGAAGUUUCAGCCAAGAAGAACACCAACGUGGAUGAGAUGUUCUAUGUUCUCUUCAGCAUGGCCAAGCUACCUCAUGAGAUGAGCCCUGCCCUGCACAGGAAAAUCUCCAUCCAGUAUGGCGACACCUUCCAACAGAAGUCCUUCCGGAUGCGACGAGUCAAGGACAUGGAUGCUUACGGUAUGAUCUCUCCCUUUGCUCGCCGGCCAAGUGUCAACAGCGAUCUGAAGUACAUCAAAUCGAAAGUUCUCAGGGAAGGUCAGUCAAGGGAGAGGGAGAAAUGCACUAUCCAGUGAAGAAGGUUUGCCCCUUCUGGCAGAAGUCAUCAUCCGCAUGCAGUGCCUUAAAGAAAAUGGUCUGUGGAAGCACAAGAUGGGCUCACGGGGCUCGUGGAGAACACCCAACACAGAACAAGGACAACUCUUCCUGUGGAUUCUGCUGAGUCAUGAAUGUAAAUAACAUCGUCCUCGUAAACAACUGGGAAAAAAAUGUAUGUCUGAGAGUGCAUUUCUCCGUCUUUGUGAGGUAGUUCAUCUGCAUUCCCCUUUUGGUCUAAAGAACAGAGACUUGAAAAGUAAAGAAAUUUCAACUUCAUCUUCACAAAGGAAGUAGGUCAAAAAUGCACAGAAGACAUUAGCAAUUACCCAGUGUGCAGCACUUGCUAAGAGAAAGGAGGUUACGUCUGUGUGUGUGUGUUUUUGUGCGUGUGUCUGUGUGCAUGCAUGUGAGGAGCACUCCUUUUAAAAAAUGGGACUUGCAUUUCAAAGGACAACAGUCUUACCAAGGUUUCCCAGAUUGGGAGCGGACUCUAUGUAUGGACACUUUACUGUGCUUCUGAGGGGACCUGCAUUAAGAGAGUCUUGAUUUUACGUUUGCUGGGACAGCUACCAUUUGACAUUGACAUGAAUGUUGUUUUUGUAUUAUAGAUUUUAUUUGGGAUUUGCUUUUUUUAUUGUCUGGGGGUGGGUUCUUAGCAAAAUCAGGUGGCAAGUGUGCUUGAUAUCAAAACAGUGUCUACUUUUUAGAAGUGAAAGUUGUUUCCCAUCUGUAAAGCUAUGUAAUCUGUACAUUGAUUGAAAGUGAAAUUGUUCUGCAAAAAGCCAAUACAUUUGACUGCUUUGCAAGCCUGGUGUGAUAGUUUCUCAAGGCAGCCACACCGACUCCGAGUAUUGUAGUACAGACGGCACCCUUCUCCUGCUGGCCACCAGAGCAAUGGCUCCUUCCCUCUGCCUCUAUCAGCCAAGAGUGACCAGAUCCAUACGUUGGCUUAUACCACUUUAAAGGCAGGACUUGGUUUUCCUCCAGAAUUAGGAACUGAAUUGUAGGCUCUUGGUCUGGGACCAGCUCCGUCACAUUUCUUCUGUUAACAUACCUCUAAUCAUUUUGAUCAUUGUUUUUCCCUGUUGUCUGAUAAAGGUUGCCUUGAUGGAAACCUUUGCACUGCAGAAGUCCUCCAGAAGUGAAGCUUUGUGCUGGCUGUCCAAACAGAGCUGAACUGGAUAAAUCUGAGGCCAUCAUUCACUUCUUCCCUUCCUCAGCCCAGUCCAGGCUUCCAUGUCUUCAGCUCUCUCCCUGUCCUGCUUCUGGCUUUGUUGUUUGACAUGUUUCUGUAUGCCCUCAUAGCCACGUGUAUUCCUUAGAUGGCAGGGCCACUCUCUCUGACUGGAACAAGAGGUGUGCAUGCAUAACUGUGGGCAAACACGGCCCCAGGAGUGUACACAACAGCAGCGUAUGUAUGGUUUGUAUACCUCAGAAUCGCUUUCAGGUACCUGGUCGUUCCCUCCCCCUCAAAUUCUGUUCUUGGCUGUGUCUGCCUUGCUGUGCCCUGGUCAGAGCUGUGAGCUAGCUCAUGCUGUAAUUUGACAGAAAACCAGGAAUGAUGGUUGUCUGUGAAAAUUAGCCGCUGGGACUCAAAAUCCCAUAUUCAUUUAUCAGCUCCACCCUUCACUGGUACUGUAUAUUAAGUGGUAAAAUACACUGUUCUUUUAUCCCCAUUGCCAGGACAGCAACUUUCUGACCAUGUCUCCCCUCCAUCUCUAAAUAUGUACAAUGUUUAUGAUUAAACCUGUUUUUAUUUA